GAUCCUCAACCACGACAACCAGCCCCUCAACCACGACAACCAGCACCUCAACCACAACAACCAGCACCUCGACUGCCCGCACAACCACAACGCCUCAAGUAACGCGUCCUCCAGUAGAAAUUCUGGCAGAUAUUCAGGAAGACUUGAACUCCAUCUCAAAGUCUUUACAAAAUCUUAAUGACACAAUUUUCAAUCUAGCUAGAACACGUAUGGUUGGUCGGGAUGCGUCUGUUUGUCCAAGCAUCGAUCAAGUGGAGUUGCUGGAAAAUGCAACAAGCGUCGUGAAUCAAGUGUCUAAAGAAAUCAACAAUGACAAAAUUACCGAAGAGCAAGUCGAUAGCAUGGAAAAGGCCCGUAUAGAAGUAGAGACCAUUGAAAAAUGUCCUAAUGAUAAUUUUAAAGCAAGUGUUGGGGCAGAUCCAAGUAUUUUGACCAAUGCAACUAAGAGCGUCGAAAGCGCACAGCAGGUCGUUGAGGCGAAAACAGACGAGCUGCAGGCAACGACUUCUGAUGAACCUAACCUUGCCUUGAUCAUAGGGGCGUCUGUGGGGGGUUUUGUGGCAUUGGUGAUCAUCAUAGCCAUAAUAGUUUACUGCGUACGGAAAAACCAAAAGAAGAAGAAGGGCAAUCAAUCGACUGCGUUAGCUUCGUCAAAGACACCACAACAAGAUCUGUGGAUCAACAAAUCUCCAGCUGAAGAUGGUAGUCCCAGCAAUGAGAAGGCUACGCCGGAAGUAACAAAAAGCGGUGGUAAUUCGAAAGUGGACGAACAGGCUAGAAGCGGGCAGCCGGCCAUGGUGCUGACGACAUUCCAGACUGUAAAGGAGACUUCCACGACGGGAGCCCAUGAACAGACUGUGCCUAAAAACGAUUCAGUCAAUUCCCAGGCAGUCAAACAACCUUUGCCAUCAAGCUACCCAAAUGAGGGCAAAAUCGUCGACCGCCCCACGGUACUACCUCUUUCAGCUGCCUACGUGAACCGUGCAUACGAUGUGGAUGCCAAGGACGAAUCUUCACGAAGUGACACGGAUUUCUCUCCUAGACCAGCUCACCGUCGGCCCUCACCCAACAAAAGAAACAGAGACAGCGAUUACUCUAGCCGUCCUGACCCCAGACGAGCUCCUAACCAUGGACGGUACCCCAGACAAUACAACGACCCACAUCGUCGCUCGCGCUCCGACUAUGAUUACGACCGCCCCCACCGAGACCAGCGAACUGAUCGGGAAUAUCGCCAUCGGCAUCAAAGUUCGUCCCCAGGUCGCUAUCAAAGUCGUCCUUCACGGCCCAGAACCCGGCCUACGUCAGUGCGAGAGAGGGACAUGAAACAACCAUCAGGCCCAAUUCCUAGACUACCUUCUACUAUGUACGACUCAGACCGACAAGAUCGGAGCCAACGCUCUAGUCGCCACAGCACCUUAGAGAGGGCGCCACGGGGUUACGGACGAACUGAGCCAACGACGCGCCAUUCGAAUGGACACAAGUCUGAACGAAACCACCCACCUUCUGAAUACAGGCGACGGGAGCCUGAAUAUAAAUCUCGUACUAGUCACCGUUCACCGGAGCCGAGACCUUUCUCUUACACCUCUCAAGAUGACCGACGACCAGGCAACAACACGUCGCUGCAAAGAAAAUCCGGAAGCCGCUCCGAACUCGAUAAAGAAAUCAACAUGCGAAAAGAGUUCCGGCGUCCCUACAGUUAUCAAGAUCUUUAUUGAUUUCAGUCAGAUUUAUAAAUUGAGCACUGUUUCCUAGAACCAAUAUCAAUCGGAGUAACAGCAUUGCCAAAUUUCUAAAGCGUCUUCUGUUAUACAGUUCACCCAAAAAAGUCAGAGACUGCAUUUAACUAAUAUAUAUGCAUUUAACUAAUAAAUAAACUUUGAAAAGAAGAAGCACAAAGCUAGAAUGCGUUCUAACGUCAAAAUCAACCCAAAUUUUAAGAUUAAUAUAAAAAUGCUCGCAUUAGUGCUCCAGAUGAUUGACGAGAAUUAUUGGUGAAGCGUGGCCAUGAGCAGUUACUGAGGAUUUAGAUGGCAUCAGCCUGCAAUAAUUUACAAAUUAACAUUCUUUAUGCACAACUUUUAUGCAUUUUGAUUCGAAAAUAAUGUUAACAAACUAUUUUCAUGGCUUUUUAUUGAAUGCUUUAGCGCAAGUGAUAUAUGUAAUUAUAUCUAUGUGUAAAUCUAUAGAAUAAAUAUUAGUUAGAUAUUAGUCAAUAUCAGUAUGACACUUGAUCAUUCUUGUUUUAGGAAAAAGUUGUUUUAA